AUGUACAGUGAAAUCGCCUCAAACCGAGGUGUUUAUCGCCAUGUGUACGACCAGGACUUGGAUAAGUCUUUGCAACGUAUCCGGUGGGGAGGAGGACCUUGUGGUCAAAAUCAUUGGUUCGACGCACCACUUGAUCUCUUUGCCAUUGCAAACAUCUACAAGUGUGCAGUCAUGCAUUUCGGCCUUGGUUUGCAUAGUCGAGCUUAUCAUCCAUGUACCACGGUUCUGCCUUGGUGUUCACGUGAGACCGUCACCAGACCGGGUUCGGAGUACGAAGAUGGUGCCGACGAUGUGAAUUAUAGUGCGCAUUUUGCCACAGACAAGUUGUUUCCAACGUUUGAUGAGGCAGUUAAUUGGGCGAGUGCUGUUGCCGUAAAUCUGGGUUUUCUUUUGGUUACAUCGUCUUACAACAAAACCAGAGACGGUCGGUCGUACCGGUAUUUGAGGUGUGCUAGGGGCCGAAAGAGCCAGCCGAGAGAUCUUCAGAAUGCAAUUAGGAGGGACACCAAAACCAAAGCAAUUGGUUGUCCUUUCUACAUCAAGAUUUAUUAUGUCUUCGUCACCGACAGUUGGAAGAUCCGGGCCAAGAAUGAUGCAACUGGAACCCAUAACUAUCCAAUGAUUGUCUAUCCGGAGGGUCAUCGUAAGAUUAGUGGCUUGAGCCCGGAUGCGAAGAAGGUUGUCCAGGACAUGACAAAGUCCAAGGUUGCACCGUGGAACAUCAUGGCGUCAAUUGCAGAGCAAUUUUCCGAUGAUCAUCCAAACAUCCGACAUAUCUACAACUGCCGGAAUGACUUGAGAGCGGAGAUGUCUGAUGGGAGAGGAGUUGUUCAGCAAUUUCUGCAUUUGGCGAGAGAGAGCCGGUAUAUUUACUGGGUCAUGUCUGAUGAUGUCGGCGUUCUGCAGCAUGCGUUUAUGGUGCACCCGAUCACGGUGAACAUACUACGGACGUAUCCGUAUGUGAUCGGUAUGGAUUCGACAUACAAGACCAACCGAUACGGGAUGUCGUUCUUUGAGAUAGUCGGUGUGACACCGACAAAUCAGAAUUUCCUCGUCGGUUAUGUGUUCAUGCGCAACGAGUGCACGGGAAGCUACCGGUGGGUUCUACAGAGAUUAAGAGAGUUAAUUGGGUAUAAAAAAGAGCCGUCGGUAUUUCUGACAGACCGUAAGCUUGGACUUUGUGCGGCAUUGAGAGAAGAGUUUCCCGGGACGUCGCAUUUUCUUUUUUGGUGGCACAUUAACAAAGAUGUGGAGGCUCGGGUCACUAAUAUGUUCAAGAACAAGAAGAUUGGGGCGCAAUUCAAAAAAGGUCCUUGA